AAGGUCUGAGGGCGGAAGUGUGUGUCUGCAGUGGGGUCAGGGGAGGACUCGAGGAGAGAAGCAGUCAGCCGGCUACUUGUAAAGAAGUGAAGUGUGAUCCGCAGAGAUUCAGCGGGCAGCGGGACUGUGUUUGAGGCUGAGGCUGACUCUGAACAACAUGGCGCCAACCAACCUUCUUCAUCAGUCCUCAGAAAGGGCGGCAUGCACCAGUGUGUUAGAGUCGGAGCUGCGCGCCCUGCUGCAGCAAAGGAUCAUGGUCCUAGACGGAGGGAUGGGGACGAUGAUACAGCAGCAGAAACUGGAGGAGGAAGACUUCAGGGGAGAUGAGUUUAAAGACCAUCCUCUUUCUCUGAAGGGAAACAACGACCUGCUGAGCAUCACACAGCCACACAUCAUCUAUAACAUACACAAGGAGUACCUGCUGGCCGGUGCAGACAUCAUUGAGACCAACACCUUCAGCAGCACAUGCACCGCUCAGGCGGACUACGGACUGGAACACCUGGCCUAUCGUCUGAACAGAGCGUCUGCAGAGCUGGCGAGGAGAGCAGCUGAUGAUGUCACCAAACAGACCGGUUGUAAACGGUACGUGGCGGGGGCCCUUGGUCCGACCAAUAAGACGCUGUCUGUGUCCCCGUCUGUGGAGAGACCUGACUACAGGAGCAUCACAUUCGACAAGCUGGUGGAAGCGUACUCGGAGCAGGUCAGAGGGCUGUUGGACGGAGGAGCAGACAUCCUGCUGGUAGAAACCAUCUUUGACACCGCCAACGCCAAGGCGGCUUUGUUUGCCAUCGACCUGAUGUUUGAGACGAGCUGUGAAAGGAAGCCGAUAUUUGUGUCGGGGACCAUCGUGGACCGCAGUGGACGCACUCUGUCAGGUCAGACGGGAGAAGCCUUCGUAGUGAGCGUGUCUCACGCCAAGCCUCUGUGUAUUGGUCUAAACUGUGCCCUGGGGGCCACAGAGAUGAGACCUUUCAUUGAAGCUAUCGGGCAAAGCACUACAGCUUUCAUUAUCUGUUACCCCAAUGCAGGUCUUCCCAACACGUUUGGAGGGUACGAUGAAACUCCUAAGGUCACGGCCGCACAUUUAAAGGAGUUUGCACAGGACGGUCUGGUGAACAUCGUCGGAGGUUGCUGUGGGACGACUCCGGCUCACAUCAGAGCCAUAUCAGAGGCAGCCAGACUCUGCAGACCCAGAGCUCCAGCUGCGAAUCUGUAUCAGGACUACCUGCUGCUGUCAGGUCUGGAGCCCUUCAGGAUCGGCCCGUACACAAACUUUGUGAACAUCGGUGAGCGCUGUAAUGUGGCCGGUUCACGAAAGUUCGCCAAACUGAUCAUGGCAGGAAACUAUGAGGAGGCUCUGAGCAUAGCAAAGGCCCAGGUGGAGAUGGGGGCUCAGAUUCUGGAUAUAAACAUGGACGAAGGGAUGCUGGAGGGACCGGCUGCCAUGACCCGGUUCUGUAACUUCAUCGCCUCUGAGCCGGACAUCGCACGGGUCCCUCUGUGCAUCGACUCGUCCAACUUUGCUGUGAUCGAGGCGGGUCUGAAGUGCUGUCAGGGGAAAUGUGUCGUCAACAGCAUCAGUCUGAAGGAGGGAGAGGACGAAUUUCUGCAGCGAGCCGCUACCGUCAAACGCUACGGUGCUGCUGUGGUCAUCAUGGCGUUUGAUGAGGAGGGACAGGCCACAGAUACAGAGCGUAAAGUGGAGAUCUGCACCCGAGCCUACAACCUGCUGAUCAGUAAGGUCGGGUUUGACCCCAAUGACAUCAUCUUUGACCCCAACAUCCUGACCAUCGGCACGGGCAUGGAGGAACACAACAACUACGCUGUCAACUUCAUCAGAGCCACCAAACUCAUCAAGGAGACGUUACCUGGAGCUCGGGUUAGUGGAGGUCUGUCCAACUUGUCGUUCUCGUUCAGAGGGAUGGAGGUGAUCAGAGAGGCCAUGCAUGGAGCCUUUCUCUAUCAUGCAAUCAAGGAUGGUAUGGACAUGGGGAUAGUGAAUGCUGGGAAUCUACCUGUGUAUGAUGACAUCAAUAAAGAGCUGCUGGAUCUGUGUGAGAACCUGAUCCUGAACAGAGACACCGAGGCGACAGAGAAACUGCUCACCUACGCUCAGAACCACGCGAAAGGAGAGAAGAAGGUGGUUCAGACAGACGAGUGGAGAGGAGGCAGUGUGGAGGAGAGGCUGGAGUACGCUCUCAUUAAGGGUAUAGAGAAGCACGUGGUGCAGGAUGUGGAGGAGUGUCGUGCUCAGGUGGAGCGGUACUCUCGUCCUCUCCAUGUCAUCGAAGGUCCUCUGAUGAACGGGAUGAAGGUGGUGGGCGAUCUCUUCGGAGCAGGGAAGAUGUUCCUGCCUCAGGUGAUAAAGUCGGCUCGUGUGAUGAAGAAGGCGGUUGGAUACCUUAUUCCCUUCAUGGAGAAGGAGAGAGAGGAGAUGAAGGCUUUGACAGGAUCCACCGAGGAUGUGGAUCCGUAUCAGGGCACCAUCGUCCUGGCCACGGUGAAAGGAGACGUCCACGACAUCGGGAAGAACAUCGUAGGUGUGGUGCUCGGCUGCAACAACUUCAGGGUGAUCGAUCUGGGUGUGAUGGUUCCCUGUGAUCACAUCCUCAGAGAGGCUGUCAAACACAAAGCAGACUUCAUCGGUCUGUCUGGUCUCAUCACUCCCUCCCUGGAUGAGAUGAUCCAUGUGGCCAAAGAGAUGCAGAGGCUGAACAUGAACACACCUCUGCUGAUAGGAGGAGCCACCACCUCCAAGACACACACAGCGGUGAAGAUUGCUCCUCGAUACCUGUCUCCUGUGAUUCAUGUUCUGGACGCCUCCAGGAGCGUGGUGGUGUGCUCUCAGCUGCUGGACGAGGUGAUGAGGGAGGAGUACUUUGAGGAGCUGAAGGAGGAGUACGAGGAGAUCAGACAGGAGCACUACGACUCCCUGAAGGAUCGUAGGUUCCUGUCUCUGUCUCAGGCCAGAGACAAACGUUUACACAUCGACUGGACGUCUCAGAGCAGACCAGUGCGUCCUCAGGUCCUGGGUCCUCUUGUGUUUGAAGACUAUGAUCUGAAUCGUCUGCUGGACUUCAUCGACUGGAAGCCGUUCUUUGACGUGUGGCAGCUCAGAGGCAAAUACCCCAACAGAGGAUACCCAAAGAUCUUCAACGACAAGACAGUUGGCCAGGAGGCGCGGCGAGUCUUCGAGGAGGCCCAGCGAAUGCUUCAUCAGAUGAUUGACAGCAGCAGUCUGAGGGGGCGGGGCCUAGUGGGCUUCUGGCGUGCUCAGAGUGAAGGUGAUGACAUCAAUGUGUACAGAGACGAUGUAACAGUGCACAGAGACACCAAGCCCAUCGCCACCUUCCAUGGAUUGCGGCAACAGGUGGAGAAGGCAGACGGUUCGGGUCCAUACCUGUGUGUCUCAGACUUUGUGGCCCCUGCAGACAGCAGGGUGGAGGACUACUUGGGUCUGUUUGCUGUGGGGGUGUUUGGAGCUGAGGAGCUGAGUCAAAAGUUUCAGAACCAGGGAGACGACUACAGCAGCAUCAUGGUCAAAGCUCUGGCUGACCGGCUGGCUGAGGCGUUCGCAGAGGAGCUGCACUGUCGUGUUCGACGGGAUCUGUGGGGGUACAGCAGUGAGGAGGAGCUGCAGACGUCAGACCUGCACAGAAUCCGCUAUCAGGGCAUCAGACCUGCAGCUGGAUACCCGAGUCAGCCUGACCACACAGAAAAGACCACCAUGUGGAGCCUGGCUCAGAUCAACGAGAGGACUGGUAUCAGUCUGACAGAGUCCUUGGCCAUGUCUCCUGCUGCGUCAGUAUCAGGACUCUACUUCUCUCAUCCUCAGUCUUCUUAUUUUGCUGUGGGAAAGAUCACCAAGGAGCAGGUGGAGGAUUACUCCAGGAGGAAACAUCUUAGGGUGGAGGAGGUGGAGAGGUGGCUGGCUCCUGUGCUCGGCUACGACCCGGAGGAGUGAGACCUCAGCAGGUGGACCAGAACCAGGUCCACAAGACCAGAUUUAAGUCGGUCAUUGCCUGCAGUGAUCACAGAUGCUCUAUGAUGCUCUAAAGGUCUUCAUUCACUUCACUCAUAACAUUUCUCACACACACACACACACACACACACACACACACACACACACACACACACACACACACACACACACAUACACACACACACACACACACACACACACACACACAGAUUCCCGGUGUGCUAUGAUAAAGUGCUUCUUAAACACAUUCCUGUUUGUGGUGCAGAGGUCGAGUCAGUUCAUGAAACAAUCUGAGGAUUAUAAUCCGUCACACAGAAACAUAAAGUCUUAUUUCACAUCAGGUCACACAGAAACAUGAUUACCUCUCUCCUGCUGGGACUGAUCACAGGGUCAGGGGUCAGCUGCUGUGGGUCAGGCUCAUACAGAUUAUUAUCGGUUCAUCAGAGAGAUAACUUUGAUUUAUUUAAAACAUUUCAAAUUAAAAUGAUGAACCUUCUGUCUAAAUUUAAAAUAUUUAUGUGGAACAAAACUUUGUCUGAAAGCCUUCAACAAAUAUUUGAGAGAACUGUAACUUUCAUCAUCAUGUGCAGGAGAUAACAGGUAACCAGUUACACUUACAGCAGUUACACAGCCGUCUGACACCAGCCAAUCAGAGGGUGCUGUGGGCGGGGCUUACUUGAAACAGAAUCGGAGGGAAAGACACACCUGCAGCAGAGUCCAAGCAGCUCACUUUUUAAUCAGUGAAAUAACCGGCUCCAACAAAGUGUUCCUGCAUCAGUCUCACGUCUGUACGUUCUGGAGUCUACGGUUUUUAGUUUUUAUGGUUUUAUGAUUCGGUGGACGAAGGCUGAGGGAGCUACAAACACGCCUCAGUGAAGAGUUUUAAAUCCUUUUGGUUUCAAAGACCCUUUCACUCAGGUUCAGCACUGUGACGUGAUCACAUGCUGCAGACGCUCAUUUACAAAGACAGUCUGAGAACUGUUCCAGGAUCAUGACUGAAAUCAUGUUUGAGCAGUUCAGACCUGAGGUCAUCACAGAUACCAGCAGGUCUUUAUGGACCCAUGAAGACCUGAGGUCAUCACAGAUACCAGCAGGUCUUUAUGGACCCAUGAAGACCUGAGGUCAUCACAGAUACCAGCAGGUCUUUAUGGACCCAUGAAGACAUGAGGUCAUCACAGAUACCAGCAGGUCUUUAUGGACCCAUGAAGACAUGAGGUCAUCACUGAUACCAGCAGGUCUUUAUGGACCCAUGAAGACAUGAGGUCAUCACAGAUACCAGCAGGUCUUUAUGGACCCAUGAAGACAUGAGGUCAUCACAGAUACCAGCAGGUCUUUAUGGACCCAUGAAGACAUGAGGUCAUCACAGAUACCAGCAGGUCUUUAUGGACCCAUGAAGACAUGUGGUCAUCACUGAUACCAGCAGGUCUUUAUGGACCCAUGAAGACAUGAGGUCAUCACAGAUACCAGCAGGUCUUUAUGGACCCAUGAAGACAUGAGGUCAUCACAGAUACCAGCAGGUCUUUAUGGACCCAUGAAGACAUGAGGUCAUCACUGAUACCAGCAGGUCUUUAUGGACCCAUGAAGACAUGAGGUCAUCACUGAUACCAGCAGGUCUUUAUGGACCCAUGAAGACCUGAGGUCAUCACUAAUACCAGCAGGUCUUUAUGGACCCAUGAAGACAUGAGGUCAUCACUGAUACCAGCAGGUCUUUAUGGACCCAUGAAGACCUGAGGUCAUCACUAAUACCAGCAGGUCUUUAUGGACCCAUGAAGACAUGAGGUCAUCACUGAUACCAGCAGGUCUUUAUGGACCCAUGAAGACAUGAGGUCAUCACUGAUACCAGCAGGUCUUUAUGGACCCAUGAAGACAUGAGGUCAUCACUGAUACCAGCAGGUCUUUAUGGACCCAUGAAGACUUGAGGUCAUCACUGAUACCAGCAGGUCUUUAUGGACCCAUGAAGACAUGAGGUCAUCACAGAUACCAGCAGGUCUUUAUGGACCCAUGAAGACAUGAGGUCAUACAACAAAGCUUAAUACAACACAACAAAGUGUUUCAAUCCUCCCAGAAUAAAAUCAAUGAUACAUGUUUUAUGUAAAGCAGUCAGUGUUCUCUGUUGCAGAGCUGUCACUCACACAGACUGGCAUGUAACUGGUUUCUGACCACUUAGAUAAACAAACCAUUUCACACCUGUCCUCAGAACACACAUGACCGGAUGUAACGGCAUGGUUCACUUUAAAGUGCAGGUAUUAAACCCUGUCAGUGUUAUAAAGACUGUUUACAUAAUGAAAGUGUCUCACUCUGCUCUCUUUAACCCUGUGAAGGAGAUCUCUCAGAUUAAAGAUAUCUAAGAUAAAAGAUAUAUCUCAGUUAAAAGAGAUAUAUCUCAGUUAAAUGAGAUAUAUCUCAGUUAAACAAGAUAUAUCUCAGAUAAAAGAGAUGUAUCUCAGUUAAAAGAGAUAUAUCUCAGAUAAAAGAGAUAUCUCAGAUUAAGGACUUAAUGUAUUAAUAAAGUUGUAUUCCUGUGAUCCGAAGCGUUUCUCUCUGGGACAGUCUGUCCUCACUGGUCCAGGUUUAAUCUGAUCUCAGGUCAGUGUUUUAUGUUUCACUCCAGUGUCUUACGGCCCUGACGUGCUGCAGCUCUGUCUGAAUCUAACUGUAUUUUCUUACACUGUAAAAAGAUGCUGGCUCUUAAACACUGUAAAAAAUGAAAGAUGAAUAUUUGUAAAAAAUAAAUCAUUUGAAUGUU